AUGAGUGACCCACUAACCUCUUUGAUUCCAAAAGUGUCUGAACGCUCUCGACGACCAAAGACACUUCUGUUACCACCUGCCUUACCCUGUCCUCCUGUCAUCAAAAAGACGCCAAUUCAAAUUUCGUCUUUUGAUGAGAGGGGGCUUGUCUGUGCCAUUGGGCCAAACUCUGAGAGAUCUUUUGUACCAAUUCUAGAAAAGAAAUGCGGUCAAGAGGCAAGCAGACAAAAAAGCCAUGAAGAAAAGGCAUCAACAAUGAAGCGAAUGAUGUCAAAAAUGCAUUACCCCGCUAAGCUCAAGAGCUCUACUUCGCCCACUUCCGAGCUGGAAACGUGUCACAGCCUGUUUUUGAAGGACUGUCAUCUCGUCUCAGUCCCAGCCUACACAGGAGAAGAGGACCCCUAUGUAACAAUGUACUGCCUUGGUUCAGUGUAUGAGGACAUGUCCGACAUUGUUCCACCAGAAGUGAAACCCAAACCUGCCAUUCCAGCCAAGCCCCCAAAUGUGGGAGCAGCAUCCCCAUCCAGUCCCUUCUCACCCCCUAUGCCACCAAGUGCUCCGAGCACAGGGGCUUCACUUCCUCCUCCAAGUGCUAUCCCAGUGCUCAUUGGAAGCCAUGGACCCAGCCACAGUAGCAGCCACAGCGUGACCCACAGUGGGCACAGUGCAGGCCAUGGGGUGACCCACCCUCCAGCUCCCAGCGGAGGGCACACCACCCACAGCUCAUCUGGGGGAUCCACUCUGCUGGGCUACAUUGGCAUCGACACAAUCAUCGAGCAAAUGAGACGGAAGACCAUGAAGACUGGCUUUGACUUUAAUAUCAUGGUUGUGGGUAACAGUGGCCUUGGAAAAUCCACACUGUUAAACACACUGUUCAAGUCACAAGUGAGUAGGAAGAGUGCAGGAUGGUCUCGAGAUGAAAAAAUCCCCAAAACUGUUGAAAUGAAAUCAGUGUCACAUGUUAUUGAAGAGGGUGGUGUUAAGAUGAAACUGACUGUUGUCGAUACACCAGGCUUUGGAGACCAAAUUAACAAUGAUAACUGCUGGGAUCCAAUCUCAAAAUAUAUCAAUGAGCAAUUUGAGAAGUUUUUGAAGGAAGAAGUGAACAUCACAAGAAAGAAACGUAUUCCUGACACAAGGGUCCAUUGUUGCAUCUAUUUUAUCUCCCCAACUGGGCAUUCUCUCAGGCAGCUUGAUUUAGAGUUCAUGAAGCGCUUAAGUCACUCUGUCAACAUUAUUCCAGUAAUUGCAAAGGCUGACACGAUGACCAUUGAGGAGAGACAGGAAUUUAAACAGAGGGUGCGAAAAGAACUGGAAAUGGGUGGCAUUGAGUUUUACCCCCAGAAAGAAUUUGAUGAUGACAUGGAAGAUAAAAGUGACAAUGACAAAAUCAGAGAGACUAUGCCUUUUGCAGUGGUGGGCAGUGAAAAAGAGUAUCAAGUCAAUAGUAAGCGAGUGCUGGGUAGAAAGACAGCCUGGGGAAUUGUAGAGGUUGAAAAUCCCAAUCACUGCGAGUUUGCUCAGCUGAGAGACUUUCUCAUCAGGUCACAUCUUCAGGAUUUAAAGGAGGUCACUCAUAAUAUUCAUUAUGAAACAUACCGAGCCAAAAGACUGAAUGAAAACGGAGGCCUGCACCCCAUAUCUGACACUCAGGACAGCAACCUGUAG